AUGCUCGAUGUUAAGUGGUUUUACAUCACCGAGGUGAAUCGAAGCUUCUAUCUUUGGCACGACGAGCCAGUGCCGCAACGGAAGGCCCAGUCAAAACGACACAUCACCAAGGUGAUGUUUUUGUGCGCUGUUGCUCGACCCAGACACAACUAUUGGCACCAUGUAAUGUGGGAUGGCAAGGUCGGACUUUCGCCGUUUGUGGAGACCAAGAUGGCCCAACGAAAGAGCAAGAAUCGUGACCGCAGCACGCCAAUCACUGCCCCCAUGACAGUCACGAAGCCUAGCCCGGACUUCAAUGUCCUUGAUCUCGGCUUUUUUAACGCCAUCCAAAGCUUGCAGCACCAGACGACGGCUCGAACCAUUGACGACCUGAUCAAGUGUGUUGAAGAUGCGUUCAACAGCUUGGCGUGGUGUGUCUUGGACAAGACAUACAUGACGCUGCAGAAGGUGAUGGAGGAGUCGAUGAAGAUUGAAGGUGACAACGUCUACAAGCUUCCGCACUUGAAGAAGGACUUGCAACAGAAGGUGGUGUGA